AUGCCCUGCGGCCACCGUAAUCAGAAAAGGGGACCACGUAGCGGAAACCAAGCCGUCUCUCCAGUAGUGCCACUGCCUCUUAAGGAGUUCCUGAUCAAGCCGGUGACUCUGCUCUGCAACCACACCGUGUGUAAAUCGUGUUUUACUUCUCUUCUCCCAAAGACAAAUUUAUGCUGUCCCUUCUGCCGCCAGAGUUCAGCCAGCAGGGACAACUCCGACAUAGUCUUUCCCGAUACCCAACCAUUGCCAGUGUUAAGUAAUCCUGGGGAACUGAGGAAAGAAUACGAAGAGGAGGUGAGCAAAAUGGAGGCCGAGCGCAUGGCCGCCGAAACAAAGGAAAAGGGAGCUAGUGAAAAAUUCAUAAGGAAAUUGCUGGCGGAAGAGGCAGAGGUGGAAAAAAAGGCGGAGGAGGAAAAAAAGGCGGAGGAGGAAAAAAAGGCGGAGGAGGAAAAAAAGGCGGAGGAGGAAAAAAAGGCGGAGGAGGAAAAAAAGGAAGAAAUAUGCAGGCUGGAGGGACAACAGAAAAGGGAGGCAGACACUGAAAAGCAAGACAUCAACAGCCCAGUCACCACCGGGUCCCCAAGAAAAAAAAAGUGCAAGCAAAAGCACUGUGAGGACACCGUGCCAAAAUGUUUCCUUCCUUGGCCACAAGUCCAGGUGGCUUUCCAGCCUGAAGACGAAGAAGAAGACGAAGAAGACGAAGAAGACGAGGAAACAGCUGAGGAGACCUCCUCCUGUGAAGACAGCUCUCUGGGAGAAGACCUAAUUGAAAACCUGCCAGUAGCCUCUGACAUGCAAUAUGACGAUGCAGUGCCCUCAGCUGGGCCCUAUAUGUCAUGGUUUUAUGACUGCACUAUCAAAGAGGGUCAUAUAGGAGAACCAAGUUGUUCUCAUGAAGGCUUAUUUAUCCCGUUAACUGAAAUUAAGCCGGAAGCCUCAGCUAGCAGUUCAAGCAAAGCAGAGAGGGGGAGCCCUGUGUCAUAUACGACAGAGACAAUUGGAGCUGGCACAACUGAGACAGAAGAUAAAACGUUUCGCCCACAGAGCAGUAAAUCCAUUUCCAGAAGAAAACAACCAAAGCCAUCUAAAGCAGUCGAGAAUCUCUGCUCUUUGAGCCAGAAUUCUCUCUCGGAUGAAGAGGAACUCGAAUUAAGCGUUACCCAAAAGCGUCUGUAUUUUCAGAAACGUCAAGAAGAACAGGAUAGACUCUUUGCACUACAACUGCAAAUGCAGAUGGACGAAGAACACAGGUUGGAAAUCAUGAAAAAAAGAUCCCUGGGGCAACACCAGGAGCGCGAAGAAGCAACUCCAGAGUCCUCAGUAAAUGAGCCCUCUGAAGACAACCUCUAA